AUGGAAAGAGAAGUUUUUCAAGAUGAUAUUAUUUAUGAAAUUGUAUCAUUCUAUGGUGAUUUUAAAUUUCUUGUCAUGAAUUGUGCAUUAGUUUCUAAACAAUGGUACAAUGUCAUUCUAUCAACAUGUCAUAAUAUGACUGUUAAAUGUCAUUCCAAUGAUGUAAAUGGUCAAUUUUUACAAAAUAUUGCAAAUCUUGAGAUUAAAGUACUAUCAAAUAUUUACAAAAAAUUAAUAUUGAUGAAAUCAUUAACUAGUCUUUGUAUUCCUUACGUUGUUGGAGUUAAAAUUGAUUCCGAAUCAGUUACAUAUAUUGGUCAAUUGAAACAAUUGACUAGUCUUGAAAUUCAAGGAAUGGAUAUUGAUGAUGAACAUGUUGAAAGCAUGGCUGAAUUGAAACAAUUAACAAGUCUUUACAUUUCUGGUAAUUAUAUUGGUUCCGAAGGAGUUAAAAUUAUCAGUGAAUCAUUUAACAAAUUAACAAAGCUUAAUAUUUCUGCUAAUUAUAUUGACAAUGUAGGCGCUAAAUAUAUCAGUCAAUUGAAACAAUUAACAAGUCUUGAAAUUGCCUGCAAUGAUAGUAUUGGUGAUGCAGGAAUAAUAUAUUUGAGUGGAUUGGAACAUUUAACAAAUCUUGAUAUUUCUCGUAUUAAGAUAGGUAGUGGAGGAGCUCAAUAUAUUGGUAAAUUUGAGCAGUUGACAUGCCUUAAUAUUAAUACAUGUAGUAUUGACGAUGAAGUACUUCAAUCAAUAAGUCAAUUGAAAAAAUUGAUAGUUCUUCACAUUAGCGAAAAUGAAAUUAGUAUUGAGGGAGCUAAAUAUAUUAGCAAAUUGAACCAAUUGACAAGUCUUUAUAUCUCUGAAAGUGGUAUUAGAUUUGAACAAGCUAGGAUAUAUCAGUGA